UUGAUACUUGUCCAAUUUGAAUUCUAACCUGAAAUCUAACUGAUUGUGCAAAUUUCUUAUUGUAAAUUUUCGAUAAUAUGGCUUCUACGUUACGUAAAGAGGUUUUGCAAAGUUUUAAACUUUUGCACAGAGCUAGGAAGAUUGUCUUUGAUGGAGACACCAAUGCUAUGAAAGCCAGCAGGGAUAAAAUCAAUGAUGAAUACAAGAGGAACAUGCAUGUCAAGGAUAAUCAUGCUAUAUCUGAACUGAUUCAGUAUUCUAAAGCAGUCGAAACGGAACUGAGGACUUCUGUGAUACAAGCCAGGGAGGUGGCUCCAGGAAAAUUCGAAGCUAAGAUCACCAAAGACACCGUUCGAUUGGAUAAUGUACCUUUUAACGACUGCGCGAAUCUGGAUAAAAAGCAGGAGAAAAAGAAAAACUAAACGAGUAGAAAACUGUUCGAAUGAUAGCAACUCACAUACGAUGACGACGACGACGAUGAACAACAACAACAA